AUGGAGCGAUCGAAUGAAAAUACGCAAAUGUUGAAUGAUAUGAAGCAACGUAUCGUUGAAGUAUCAUUGCAUGAGCCUGCUUAUCUUCAUUGUACAAUACCAAAUUUAAAGCAAAAUAUGGUUGCGUGGACACGUUUACGUGAUGAAGCUUUAUUAACUGCUGGUGAGCAAUCAUUUACCGCUGAUUCCAGAUUUCAGAUUUCGCUCAAACAAUCUGAAGUUGAUUGGGUAUUAAUCAUUAGACGAGCAGAAAGAUCAGAUUCAGGUUGUUAUUUGUGUGAGGUGAAUACCGAACCAAGAAGUACCAUUUAUGCCGUAUAUUUGAAUGUUAUCGAAACGCGCAAUCUCAAGGCAUCCUCUUUACCAGCAAAGCAUACGACAAAUUUAAUGGUUAAUAUGAUUGGUAAUGAAGUGCUCCUAAAUUGUACGAUAACGAUUGGUAGUGAAACAAAUAAUACAAAUGAUGGGGUGGAAUGGUGGAGAAAUGGAAAAUUGAUCGAUUUUAAAAAUACUAAAAAGUAUAUUUCAAAAAUAAAACGUGACAGUCAAACGAUUAUUCAUACAUUACGGAUUCUUAGCGCUUCAAGUGAAGAUGAUGGAAGUUAUACGUGUAAAACCAUUGAUGCACCAGAAUCAACUCAUAUAUUACACGUUAAUACAAGUAAGUAUGGAUGA